AUGCCUCCCUCCCUUGCUGCCGCCAACGACUUCUUGUCCUACGUGAACAGCUCUCCCACUCCUUUUCACGCCGUCAAGGGAGCUAGAGAUCGACUCGAGAAGGCCGGCUUCAAGCCCAUCAAAGAACGGGAACCCUGGUCGUCGACUCUUCAACCCGGCGGAAGAUAUUACCUCACUCGAAACGCCUCGUCCAUCGUAGCCUUCGCCAUCGGCAAGAAAUGGAAGGCUGGCAACCCUAUAUCCAUGAUAGGCGCGCACACCGAUUCUCCUUGCCUUCGCAUUAAGCCAGUCUCAAAGAAACAGAGUGAUGGUUUCCUACAAGUUGGUGUCGAGACAUAUGGUGGAGGUUUAUGGCAUACCUGGUUCGAUAGAGAUCUGAGUAUCGCCGGGAGAGUCAUGGUCAAGCACGACGGACGUGUCGAACAGCGCUUGGUCAAGGUCGAUCGGCCUCUUCUGCGAAUUCCUACUUUGGCCAUCCACCUCGACCGCCAAGAAAACUUUCAGUUCAACAAAGAAACUCAACUCUUUCCUAUCGCCGGCUUGGUCGCGGCAGAGCUGAACAGGCAGGAGUUGUCUGAGACUCCUAACAAACCCGACGGCGAGAAAGCAAAGAAUGACGGUCCCUUUGAGCCGCUUCAGCUUCCGACCGAGCGACAUCAUCCUUUCAUCGUUCAGAUCAUUGCCGAUGAAGCAGGUGUACCUGUAACGGAUGUUGUUGACUUCGAGAUAGUGCUCUACGAUACUCAGAAGUCUGCCGUUGGUGGCUUGAAUAACGAGCUGAUAUUCUCGCCACGACUCGACAAUCUGAUGAUGUCCUACUGCAGCACCCAGGCUAUCAUCAAGUCUCUUGAAGACGCAACCGCCCUUGAUGGCGAUCAUACAAUCAGACUGAUUGCAUUGUUCGAUCAUGAAGAAAUUGGCAGUCAGACCGCACAGGGUGCCGACUCUAAUCUUUUACCAUCCAUAAUACGCAGAUUGUCAGUCCUUCCAAACGGAAACCACGGAUCCGAAAAAUCCUACGUCCAUGCCUCCGACACUGAGGUAGAUACUGCUACUGCAUACGAGCAGACUCUGUCUACCUCGUUUUUAAUAUCAGCAGACAUGGCCCAUUCCGUACAUCCAAACUAUCCCGCCAAGUAUGAGUCUUCGCAUCGUCCCGAAAUGAACAAAGGCACUGUCAUCAAGAUUAACGCCAAUGCUCGCUAUGCAACAAACUCUCCUGGCAUCGCAUUACUUCAAGAGUCUGCCAGGCGGGCAAAGAAAUCAUCCACGAGCACAUCAAGUACCGCAAACGGUGUUCCUCUACAGCUUUUCGUUGUAAGAAACGAUUCGUCAUGUGGUAGCACUAUUGGUCCAAUGCUGUCGGCGGCUAUGGGCGUCCGGACCUUGGACUUGGGCAACCCGCAACUGAGCAUGCAUAGCAUCCGCGAGACUGGGGGUGCCCAUGACGUCGAGCAUGCUAUCAAUUUAUUCGAAAGCUUUUUCGCCCAUUUUUCUGAAUUGGAGACGAAGAUAUUGGUCGAUUGA